AUGGGCAACGACGAAUCUGCGCUGCCCGCCGGCAUCGUGACCCUGCUGGACACCGACCUGUACAAGCUGACGAUGCAAUGUGCUGUUCUCAAGUACUUCCCAGAUGUUUCGGUGACCUACGGCUACACAAAUCGGACCCCGCACAUGAAACUGCGCCGUGGGGCAUACAAAUGGCUCUUGGAGCAAAUGGACAAACUGGCCAAUGUCCGCGUGACCGCCGAAGAACGCGAAUUCCUCCGCCAAAAGUGCCCUUACCUAAACGACGCGUACAUCACCUUCCUCGAAACCUUCCACCUCAAACCCGCCGAACAAAUCGAUAUCAAGUUCACCCCGACGCAAGAUACAGGCAGCGAUGACGACGAGGGCAAUGUCGAGUACAUUAUCAAGGGAUUGUGGCUGGAUACGAUCCUGUACGAGAUCCCGCUGCUUGCGCUGACCAGCCAGGCCUACUUCAUGUUCAGUGAUAAGGACUGGAGUUACGAGAAUCAAGAAGAGAAGGCAUACCGUAAGGGCUGCACGCUGCUGGAGAAUGGCUGCGUAUUCUCUGAGUUCGGGUCUCGCCGUCGACGCGAUUAUCAUACCCAGGACCUUGUUAUGAAGGGUCUUACGCGUGCUGCGGAAGAGGGCAAGCGGCAGGGUUGGGCUGGUGCUUUGUCUGGAACGAGCAAUGUUCAUUUUGCUAUGAAAUAUGGUGUUCCUGCUGUUGGGACGGUGGCGCAUGAAUGGUACAUGACCAUUGCAGCUAUUACGGAUGACUAUGAGAAUGCCAAUGAGUUGGCAUUGAAGUACUGGCUCGGUUGUUUUGGAGAGGGCGUACUUGGUAUCGCCCUUACCGAUACAUUCGGUACACCGGCUUUCUUGGAUGCUUUCAAAAAGCCAAUCUCAUUACCGGAUCAGCAGCCGGAUCCAUCUGCUAAGACUUAUGCUCAAGUUUACACUGGCGUCCGCCAGGACUCCGGUGACCCGACAUACUUUGUCAAGAUGGCCCGGGACUUCUAUGAUGAGCAGGGUAUCACUGAUACAAAGAUUGUCGUGUUCUCAGAUUCUUUGGAUAUCGAGCACUGCCUUGAGUACAAGACCAUCGCCGAAGAGGCAGGCUUCAAGCCUACAUUCGGUGUUGGAACAUUCUUCACCAUCCAAACCCUCAACAUUGUUAUCAAAAUCGCAACUGCGAAUGGAAGCCCGGCCGUCAAGCUCAGUGACAAUAUGGGUAAGAAUACGGGCGACCAGGACAAGGUCCAGGAAGUCAAGAAGAAGCUGGGCUACGUCGAGCACUCCUGGGAAGAAGGCGAUGAAAGCAACCGCUGGAAGAAACAGGCAUGA